CUGUCUUGUAAUGUUUACUUUCGCGUCCGGCGUGUAUUCGUCAACAGCGCUACCAUCUUCGUCGUGGGGUUGAUGUCUCCAAUGCUAGCCCUCCUUUUCACAGUUCUUGUUAACGCCACUGAUCUGUAUUAGCUGACAGCUUAUUCAGAUCAGUGGUCGCAUACACAAUAAACGCUGCUGCGCCGUUAACCGACAGACUGCUGAAAGAUCCUCGUUCAUGAUGGCGAUGUUCCGCAGUUUUGUGUCGGCUACCCAGCUCAGGCAACAUCACCAUCACCCUCAACCGAACGGGGCAGCGGCGGCCGCCCCGACUGAGAGCAUCGAAAGCCAGUUUUCCUGCCCCAUUUGUUUGGAGGUCUACCACAAACCUGUCAGCAUCGUAAGCUGCGCCCACACGUUUUGUGGCGAGUGCCUGCAGCCCUGCCUGCAGGUGACCUCCCCACUCUGCCCCCUGUGCCGCAUGCCUUUCGACCCAAAGAAGGUGGACAAGUCCUCCAGCGUGGAGAAGCAGCUCUCUUCCUACAAGGCACCCUGCCGGGGCUGCAGUAAAAAGGUCACCCUGGUGAAAAUGAGAUCACACAUUUCCUCCUGCUCAAAGGUUCAGGAGCAGAUGGCCAACUGCCCAAAAUUUGUGCCGGUUGUGCCCACCUCACAGCCCAUUCCCAGCAAUAUUCCAAACCGCUCCACCUUCGCGUGUCCGUACUGCGGCGCCCGCAACCUGGACCAGCAGGAGCUGGUCAAGCACUGCAUGGAGAACCACCGCAACGACCCCAACAAAGUGGUGUGCCCCGUGUGUUCCGCCAUGCCCUGGGGUGACCCCAGCUACAAGAGCGCCAACUUCCUGCAGCACCUCCUGCACCGGCACAAGUUCUCCUAUGACACCUUUGUGGACUACAGCAUCGACGAGGAGGCGGCAUUGCAGGCUGCCUUGGCGCUCUCGCUUUCAGAGAACUGAGGACGGCACCUCCACCCUCCCUCUGCCCUGACACGCCCACCACCAAAAAAAUAACAUGGGCCCUUCUUUCACCCCAGCCCCCUCCACCCGCAGAACUGAUUGCCCCCCCCCCUCCACCCUUAUGCCCUCCGGGACCUGAACAUUCCCCCUACACC